CUUUAGCUUUACCAAGAAAUGAAACUUAAGCCAGCUCUGCGCUCUGAUAGGACACUGGUGAUUCCAUAUAAAAGAGAUACUGUGACAUAAUCUUCUGGUUGCUCUGGAGCUCUCCAAAAAUGAUGGCAUCUAGAUAUACUUUUUGUGCUGUUUGGUCACUUCUGUUCCUUCAUGUCUCUGCACAGGGUUGGAGUCUAUUUGAUGUGCAGCCAAAGAGACAACCACAAGAGGGAGGAUUGAGGCUGGUGGGUGGUGACCUGCCCUCUGCAGGACGUGUGGAAGUGUAUCAUGAUGGGGAGUGGGGAACAGUGUGUGAUGAUAACUGGGAAAUUACUCAGGCACAGGUGGUAUGCCGACAGCUGGGUUUCCCAGGAGCUGUCUCAGCCACUGUGGGAGGAACAAAUGGGGAAGGCUCUGGACAUAUUUGGCUCGAUGAUGUAAGCUGCACGGGAUCAGAGAGUUCUUUGUCCACUUGUCGUUUUAAAGGCUGGGGUAUAACUGACUGUUCCCACAAAGAGGACGCAGGGGUAGUUUGUGAAAGCGGCAAAAGUGUGGACAGUGGCCAUACGUUUUCAUUGGACCACAGCCUGGGCUUGUCUGAAGAACUUGGCUCACUUUUUGAUAGCGGAGAGAACUGCGAUUUCAGCAUUCUGAUCAGUGACCCCAGUGACGAGCAAUUUGCAGCGCAAACGAUCUGCGCCCACAGGUUGAUCCUCUCGCUCUACCCUCAGCUCAAUAUCACCUCCACAACUCUCUCUGUUGAGAUCAGCCAGACCUGCCACCCCUUUGUCUCUAGAUUCUUCAGGUAUCUGUACACACGCAAGAUUGACAUCACCCUCUCAUCAGCUCAGUGCCUGCACCAGUUAUCCUACAUGUUUGAGUUGAAGCAGCUUAAGGAGGAAGUAGGCAGGGUCUUCACUAUGCUCCUACCUCAGGAUAAGACCUUCCACACUCAAGUGUCCCUGUAUGAGUACGGUGUCCGCACGAUGGACCUGCUCCUACAGGAGAACGUUCUGCAGUAUCUCUCCUGGAACUUUGAGUUCCUCAUCAUUACACCAGUAUGGAAAACUAUUUCUGUACACAUGAUGGAAGCUCUGCUGUCUCGUUCUGACCUGGUGGUGCUGGAUGAGGCUAUUGUUCUUGAGGCACUGCAGGUCUGGCUCAAAGAGAGAAAAGAUAUAAUAAGUCCAGAGAAGAAAGUCGACCUGCUGAAGCAGAUUCGUUUCCCCAUGAUUCCAGUGGAAAAGCUCUAUGAUUUUCAGUUCAACUCAAAUAUAUACCAGAGCAAUGAAGCAUUUUAUAGUAGUGCUUUUUUGAAAGCCUUCCAGUUCAACACUCUGCCUUUCUCAAAGAUCUGGGAGCAUUUUAAUAACACUGAAGGCUAUUUGCCCAGGAUCUACACUGCUGACCCAUGGGGCAUGGUCCUUAAUUACACUUCCAUUAGUAACUAUGGUUAUCGUUAUCAAUAUCAUGGUGGCUUUUACAGUUCCGAAAGGACAAGGUCAUUCACGACUCCUGUACACAACAGCAUGAUUUUCAAACAGCAAACAAUCAAUUGGCAAGCACAGGUUUUAUUGUACAGUGGCGAAUGCUCCAAUCAAGGUUUCACCUGUAACUCUCUCCCUCUGGCAAGGCUCUUUAGUUAUGACAGUCAGUAUACUUCUCAAAGAACCGUUCGCUUCAGCAACAGGGUGAUUCUCACAUGCAAGACUGAAAACACUGUGUUUCACGUCCAAGACUUCAAAACUGGCAAGGCAGAAAUCCCAACCAACAGCAGUAUGGGUCUGCCCAAUCCCUGCCCUGACAACUACUUCUUUACUUUUGUUGUGCGUCCAGAGUACAUCUGAUUACAUUCUCUUGCGCACUAACAGGUCUCUAAUAUUUUGUUUCCAUUUUAUUUUCUACUGAACCAAUCCUAGACCAUUUGAAACUUUAGAAAUCAUGUAGAUGAUAAAGAAAAUUAUGCCCUUUAGUAUUGUAGUUGACAUUGCAAUAUGAAAAACUUUGUACAACUUUUAAAAAAUAAACAAUAAUAAACAUAUUAUAUACACA